ACAUGAAGAGCGAGGACGAUUUGCCCCCCGUUCCUGCCAUCGUAGAUCGAAAUGGUGACACUAAGGUGGUCCCGGGGCCCAUCGAUGAUGAUGAUCCCUGGGCUCUGCCGGAUAUUUGUGAACAAGGCCCAAGAUGGUCAGAAUUACCUCCCUUGGCUAAAACGAAGCGGGUGUUACUUGGCUUGUGUAAAGGCGUCUGUCUACUGGGCCUAUUAUGGGCAUUUGUCUGCUCCUUAGACUUACUAAGCACCUCAUUCCGAUUACUCGGAGGCAAACAAGCUGGAAGGGUUUUCAGAGACAGCGAGCUCUUGAGGAAUCCUGUCGUGGGUCUAAUGAUUGGCGUAUUGGCAACAGUACUAGUCCAAAGUUCGUCCACAUCUACCUCUAUCGUCGUCACUAUGGUUGGUACAGGAUUGCUAACUGUGCGUGACGCUGUUCCUAUUGUGAUGGGAGCCAAUAUUGGCACAUCAGUAACAAAUACGGUGGUCUCUUUGGGGCAGGCGUCGGAUCGCAGAGAGUUCCGGAGGGCCUUCGCCGCAGCCACCAUCCAUGAUAUGUUCAACUGGCUCGCCGUCAUCGUGCUGUUACCGCUGGAAGUGGCAACAGGCUACCUGGAAAAACUGACGGGCGCUAUUAUGGCAUCUGGUGAUUGGCAACAUGUGGAAGGAGCUCAGAAAAAGGCUUUUCUGCAGCGCCUGACCAAACCUAUCACAUCACUAGUUGUACAGCUGGACAAGAAAAUGCUGGAAAAGCUUGCAUCUGGCCAAGUAAAUGAGACAGACCUUUCUCUACUCAAGAGGUGCUCGAAAAAUGGAACAGAAUAUUCUUGUGGCUAUCUGUUGGAGAUGAUUCCAUGGUCUGACUCCGCUUUAGGAAUCCUGUUACUUCUCGUUUCUCUAGUUCUUCUGUGCUCUUGCCUUGUUGCCAUGGUAAAACUUCUACAUUCCAUGCUCGGGGGUCCGAUUGCAUCUCUGCUGCGUCGACUCAUCAACGCCGAACCUCCAUUUCCGUACAGUUUAUUCACAGGAUACGCUGCUAUGGCAUUGGGAUGCGCCAUGACUAUCCUAGUUCAGAGCAGUUCUGUUUUUACCUCUGCACUGACGCCUUUAGCAGGCGUCGGGAUAGUGUCUCUGGAAAGAAUUUAUCCUUUGACUUUAGGGUCAAAUAUAGGGACCACGACAACUGGGUUGCUUGCCGCAUUUGCAGCGCCUCCAGCUGCACUGAAAGACACCCUUCAGAUAGCUUUCUGCCACUUGUUCUUUAACCUAACGGGUAUAUUGCUCUUCUACCCCAUUCCAGCAUGCAGAUUACCAAUUCCACUGGCGAAGAUGCUUGGAACAGUAACUGCAGAAUACAGGUGGUUUUCGAUAUUGUACUUAAUUAUGAUGUUUUUGGCAUUACCUGCCGCAGUAUUUGCUCUAAGCACGGCUGGCCCCGUUGCUUUUGCCUCGGUGGGUGGACCCAUAGUUCUAAUACUCGUAACUGUUAUUGUUAUCAAUAUUCUACAACGAAAGAGACCUUCCAUUCUGCCUCUGAAGUUGAGAGACUGGUCUUUCCUUCCUCUGUGGAUGCAUUCCUUAGAUCCUAUGGACAGAGCAAUAACGAAGAUGUGUUUUUGCUGCAAAAGUUUGCAAGAAGUGCGUAGAGAUGCUCCAGUCUUGGGACUCUUGCCGAACCAAUCGCAAAUGAACAUUCUUCAGCCAUGUUCCACUUCUUCAUCUGCUCUGACCCUGAAUUCCACAUGCGGUCCAGAAUAUCAUACGAUGAAUGGAUUCGAGAACUGUGCUUUUGGUAAUUUGCCUCCCAAGAGGAAGUCAUCUGGUAAUAACAAUAACAAUACGCUAGAAAAGGACUGGGAUUUCGGAGGUACGACGACAUCUUUGUGACGUCAAAGAUUGGUAUCCCUGUCUAGAAAGUAAUUAGUAUAUGCACUGAUAUUGAAAUGCCACUGAACCUUCCUAUAAAUUAAAGACAAUGAGUUGAACUGGAGCAAGGUUUUGGGUAUUAUGUUUCCAUCAUACGAGGAUAUAAUAAAGAGUCUCGGUCCCAAACUAAAUUACCCUUGGAGAGAAAGGGCCUCGAAAGCCUUAAAAGCUCUUAUAUUAAUCCUCAUUAAUCUGAUAACUUAUUUAAGGUGUCAAGAGAAAUUAUUUUAUUUAUUACCAAAUAAAAUCGUUAGGACGAAUAAAAAUGUGGUCUGAAGAGUGAAUAUCUUCGCACAAAUAUAUCAGCUGGUGGCAUUUCUUUCAUUCUUGAAAUCCAUUCCAGUUAUUGCCACAAAGGUUCUUUCUUAUACAGAAGAUAUUCUCAUUGAAGAACCUACAAAACUCACCUAACCACAUUAUGCCUGUUGCAUUUCAGAAUGUGAGAAAACAGCAAAAGUAUAUACUAAAAAAGUGUCUUUCAAUUAUAUUCCAGUAUAAAUUUAUUUAAAGACAGAAUAGUGCCAUAUCCAGUCUCCAUCUUCAUUGGUGCCCGUGAUAAAACAUUGUUAAGCAUUUCUGUUGUAGGAGCAUCUAAGAAAAUUGUUCAAAAUAAAAUGAAAUCGAAGAGCAACAGAUGUAAAAUUAAACAAAUAAAUAAGUAUAAAACUUUUAUCCUUCCCUAGUUUUUCUUUAAUGUUAUUGUUUACUUCAAGAAGCGCACAUUAUUGCAAUGCAUAUUUAUGAAGUAGUAAUUAAAGAUUUUAUAAAUUAACAUGAUAAUUUUAAAUUGCGUUUUAUAAUACAGAAAAAUUUCAUUGUUAAUAUUAAAUUCAUCCUGUUUCAUCCAUCUCUAUUUUUCAAUUUCAGUGAGUUGAAAUAUAUUUUAUGUUAUUAUUAUUAUUAUCAUAACUGACAAUAAAGCAUAUUUUAGAACUAAAGAAAAUGGAACAUAAUUUAAGCUUUUACUAUCUUAAGCAUAAUCUUGCUUAUGGUUAAGAGUAAUAUAUAGCAGUAUAAAUCUUCUAAUUUAGAAAAAGUAAAUUUCAUGUUAUACAGUAUGCAUUGAUUGCAAGCAGGGCUUAACUUGAAUUGUCGUACUUCCUUGUUUAUUUGAUACUUUUCUUCUUCCAGAUUGGAAAUAGCGGCGCCAAAUAAUCAGUUAAAGAAAACUUUGAAAAGUUUUUUGCAACUUUUGUAUUUCUUAAGUUCCAGAACAAUAUAAAAGUUAUUUAUUUAAAUACUUUUGUAAUAAACCACUCUGUUCGCGUUCAAAACGAGAAUUUAAAAAGCAUUAAAAAUCCAAAUGUUAUUGAAUUAUAAAUCACAGAAAAAAUUAUCCGACAACCAUUUUAACUUUUCUAAAAUACAGAUAUUUAUUUAAUUCAAUUAUUAUAAUAAGAAGAAUUCUAAAUCUAAUUCCUGUUUGUAACGUAAAACCUUUAAUGUAUACAUAUAUAUAUAUAUAUAUAUAUAUAUGUAUAUCAUAUUGAAAUCAAUACGCACAUUUUUGUAUUCUAACGUACAAUGCCAGUUAUUAAGGUAGAGUUUCAAAUGAAAAUAGAUCUAUUAAAAAGAUAAGUAUGAACCAAGCUGUUUUAAAUAAAUAUUUGUGCAAUGCUAUUUUUUUUUAAUUGUUGUAAUUUUUCUUUCACACUUAUACGUAUAAUCAUUGAAAGAUCCUAAAUGUUGAAGAAAAAAUUUGAAGACAUAUUAAAACGCAGGCUUUCAUAAUACAGUCGAUUCUCGUUAGCUGAGACACAUAGAGACAAUAGCAUUUCGGUCCAGUUGAAGCGAUUGUUCUAUUUAUCCGCAGCUUUAUGCAUAAAAUUUAAAAGAAAAAUUCAUAAAUCUAACAUUUUACAAAAUCAAAUAUGAUUUAUUUAAAGAAUUUUUAUAACAUUUAAGAAUUAAAUAUAUGUUGAAAAUGAUAAAAAAAAUUCCAAAGGGUUGCUGCAUUUUUUCUGUGAUAUUGAUACAUUAAUUUUAUAUUAAAUAAAUAAUGAUAUCCAAUUUUGAAAGCAAUAAAUAGAAAACAUUCCUAUUUAUAUAUUGAUAUAUGAUCUGUUGCUCUUCGAUUGUGGAAUUGUGUGUGAUAUUAAACGAAAAGAUGCAUGAACAAAUUAUGAAUUUGUUCUGACCUACUGUUGACUGAAAGCUGCAAUACGAAAGGACAUUUCAAUAAGAUGGAACAUUUUGGUUACAUGAGUUGUACAAAGAUCGACAAGCUUCCAAAUGUGUCAGCAACUGGUAAUGAAUGGAAUGUAUGCUGUAAAUGUUGUGGAAUUCAUCGAAUAUUACAUAUAGAUAUGUUAGUAAUAGCCUUCAAUAUUACAAACUGUCAGACUAUCCAUUCAAUUUAUUUGCAAUAAUUACUUAUUCUGAUGAUACCGUAUUAGAUUGAAAUGCAAAGCUUAGUGAAUAAGAAGAAAUUCUGAAAGUUCUCAAAGAAGUUACAGAAAAGUCAGGGGAAAAAACAAAUGAAAUGCUUAAGUAAAAUUUUUUAAUUUGUAUUUUCUAUUUCUUUCCCAUUAUUCUAAUAAAUAUAUUGCUUUUUAUUUAUUGACAGAUUUCAUAAAAAUAUUUUUAUACUGAAUAAUAAAUUAUUUGUUUUAAAUAUUUUUAAAUGACUCUUGUACAGAUAAUAAUUUGAGAUAAUAAGUACGGUUUGUUUUCUAACAUUCGUCACCGGAUUUCGUUUUGCCAAGAUAAAAUUCUUGAAUUAUCUAAUACGAAAAUAUGCAGUAUAAGUAUAAAUAUAUUACUUUCAUCGGCCAAGUCAUAGCACUAAAAAUGAAUCCCUUCUCAAUCUGAGCGCACGAAAUAAAAUAAAUAUCUCCAUUCGCAAUAUCUGAAACAAAUUUGCGUUGUGAUUCAUCUAAUUGAUUUCUAAAGUUUGCAAUAUUGCAUAUAAAAAAAAAAGAUUUGUUUUAAAUUUAACUGUAUAUUUAUUUUAAAUGUCAACAGAUUUAUUGCAAAAUAUGAGAGUUAUUUUAAGAAAAAAGGAAGAACGUGAAAAAAGAAGUAAAAUUAAUGCCAAACAAAAAUAAUUUACUUUUACUAUUAAAACCAUCAUAGUUCUGAAACUAAGAAAAUUUUAUUAAAAUACCUAUUAUACGUCUGUGUUACAAAAAAUACAAAAAUCAGCACUAUUACUAAGCUACCUAAAACGCAGCAAUUAAAAACAAUCGCUUGCCGCUAACUUAAUUUAGAUUUUACAUUCAUUGCAUUGGGAAAAUCCGAGUAUUUUUUCCCGGAUUAAAAUAUUAGGGUACAGCGAUUAAAAUAUUUGAUUUCUCUACUGGAAUAGUCUUAAUAUUUACAGUGUAAUUAAACUAUGAAAUAUCUUUUAAGUAAAAAUUUAAGUUUAGGAAUGUUAUUAAAUGUUCUUUUCAAUCUUUUAACAAAAAUGGAUUCUUUUAAGCGUUCUUUAUAUCUUUAAACAAUCAUUCAAUCUUAAAGAAUUAUCAGUAUUCACUUAAAAGUAAAAACUAUCUUUUAAUUAUUGAUUUCAUAAAACCGCGUUUUGAUAAUUAUAUUUUUAAUGAAGAUAUAUCGAGAAGAUAUGAAUGCAAGUGUAAAAAAUAACGCGUGGAUUCAAGCGCUGAUUAGGAUAGUACUGUGGUUGAUGAAAGUUUUAAUACUGAAAAAACAUUCAAUGUUAUAAAAAUGUGAUGAAUAUGCUUUUAGAAUAAAGAAGUAGUUAAAGAGCUUUUAAAUCCCACCUGUUACUGUGAUUUAUUUAAUAUUAAGUGUAAAGUGAAUACUCAUGUGUGCCUAUUAUGAUAUAAAAAUAGUAGAUAGUUACUGAAAUAUUGAUUAAAAUUCUUUUGGUGUGUGAUUCCAAAUAUAUUCAUAAAAUUUCUAUGCAGAAGUAUUAGAGAUCACCAGCCAUAUAAACCAUUAUGAGUAGUUUUGCAAAUAUCUUAAAUACGAAUCUGAUGUAAAAAAAAAGUUAUAUAGAUGAAUUGCUUAAGUAACGAUUUGUUUAAUUCAAUUUACUAUAUUUUGCUAAAUGCAAUCAAAAAUGAAUCAUAUAAUAUAUAAUGUCUGCUAUGCAAAUUUAAGGUAUUUAUGGUCAUAAUUAAUAUAUAUUUUCAUACAUGCAAAAUAUGCAUUUAUCUCUAUGGCAUCUGUCAAUGAACCAACUAGUUAAAAGCAUGGUACAAAUCAAUUGGUGAUCUCUGUGUACUGUAUACGUGUAAUUUAAAUCAAAAUGUCGGCUAUAUUUCUUGAAUGCUAAUCUUAAAAAGAAGAUCAAUUAUAUUUAAAAUAAUGCAUUAUUUUUGAAGGAAAUAUAAAGUGUUUAUAAUUUGAAUGAAAAAAGGCCAUUAUACAUUUAUAAACUAUCUGAUGAUUGUUAUUGUGUGCAAAUAAUUUGUUAUUAUUUUAAAAUAAUUAACUACUGAAAUUAUGUCAUUAAACCCUUCUUUCUUUUUCAUUUUUUCUUUUCAUUAAUUUCGUCAAUAAUUAAACGAAAAUGAAUCUCUGUGGAACAUGACAUUGAGAGCAAUUGAAAGCUUGCUCAACGUUUUCUGGUUUCCGAAUUUAUAUUUUUAAACUUUGCAAAUUUUAAAUGAAUGACAUGUGUUAAUUUUUUGAGUGCAUGAAAAUAAUAUGUUAUAUAGAGUAUGUGUACCAAUAAUAUUGACAUAUACGCCAAUAUUUUCAAAUUUCUUUUUUGAACUGAUGCACAUUGAUGAAGUAUAAGAAAGAUUUCAACUAACUGACAGGUAACAUCACGUCAGACUUAAACAUAAGUUCGUUUAUUUUUAAAAACAAAUCAAAAUGUACUAGAUAAAGUCGUAAUUAAGAAAAUAUCAGGUAAAUUCGUUUUUACAUAAAAAAAAAAAAUCUGCGAAUGCUAUGCGUCGCAACACAAUUUUGUUUUAGUGCUUAGUUUUGCUCUUCAUUAUAAACUAGAAUUUCAGGCUAGAAUUUCUUUUGGUUUAUUUAAUUAUGGAAAAGCACGCGAGGGCUAUCUGCCUAAAGGAAGGGAUGAAUCGUGGAGAAAUUUCUAAGUGAAACUGGCUUGUAUACACGUUACACAUUGGAAAAACCACGAAAAUGCCAGCCAUUCGCCUUGAAUCGAACCCUGGUCGGAACAACCAGUGUUCAGCGACUUUACCGCUCCGCCGUUGGUGGAUUUUCAAGCAAAGAAAUCAUUUGAAGUAUGCCUGUAAAACGUUUUCAUAAUUUCGGUCUUUUUAAGUGUAAAUGAGAACAAAUGAUGAAUGCCAUACUUUUUUUUCGUUCACAAAAUUCGAUGCUCGAUAAAUUUAAUAUAAAUGUCGCAAAACAGAAUACUUGCUGCACAUUCAGAAAUAAUUUUGAAACCGGUAAAUUUUUAAAUGGCAAGCAUGCCGCUGGUUUUGAAAAUUAGAACACACUUUUAUGAGAAGCUUUUUUACAUUAUAUACGUAAAAAAAUUAUAUUGUAAUAGAUCGAGAUCAAGAACUUUAAUUUCAGGAUUUAAAAAAUUAAGCAUAAAUAUCUCCUAUAAAUUUCUUUUUUAUGUAAAUAUUUAGAUUUAAAAUUUUAACAUUUAAUAUCUAAUGAUAGUAAAUUUAAUAAACAUUUUUGAUUUAACAUUCGAAUAUUUAGCACAGCAAAUUUAAAAGUAAAUUAUAAUUAAAUCUGAAAUAAAAAUUCGAUUUACUCUCAGCUUUACAUUCUGGCAAAAUGAUGUUAAUUUAAAAGUAAAAAAUCAUUUGCAGCAUAAUGAAACAAAAUCAAAAUUAAGGCAAGACAUAUUAUUAAUAAUAUUUUAUACGUUAAUUUGUAAUUAAUUAAAAUGUAAUUCUUGGCAGCUAAGGAACCUAAUCACAAUAUAAUUGCAUGUCUUAUUAAAAACAUGCACUUCUUUUUCUUGCCUUGCUCUAACCACUCAUUGUUAGACAAUUCUUAUUGCAAAAGAGCAGCUAUAUUUAUACAGUUUUGCUUAAAAUGCUGUAUAAUUAUAUUUUUAAGAAACAUUUAUCUAUUUUCAGAAAGAAAUUCUUUCGGCGAAAGAUAUAAGCACAUUUAAGCGGUCCUUUAAAAGUAGGAUGCUUAUCUUGUGUAUAUACAAUUUCAUAUUAUUUUCUAAUGUAGCAUUUCUUAAUGUCUUUUAAAGAUGCGUAGUUUUUUCCGAGUGUUAAAGGUACUUUCAUGAAAUACAUCGAUAGAUUUUCAACCAAUAAUCAAAUCAUGUUUCCAAAGUUUUUACGAUUAAUUUGCUUGAACUACCUUUUGAUGAGUUUUAAAAUAAUUAAAAUCUCUACUUUAGGCUGAAAUGUAUAAAACUGUGCAACUGAAACUUAAGCAAAUAGUAUCAGCAUUACUGAUUUAAAUGAAAAAUAAAAAGUGUAUUUUUUUAAAUAAUUUCAGGUAUUCCACGGUUGUCUAAUUGUACAAAAUUUUCAUGUCGUUUGCAUAAAUACACCUUUUUUUAAAAAAAAUGGAGUAAAUUUAAAUACAUAUUACUUAUACUGAAAGAAUACAAACACCAAAAAUGCAAAUAUUAGAUGCGGUUUUUAUACUUUGUUUUCUUGGCAUUGCUGUUGCAGUAGCAGUGAAACAUGUUUUACAGGCUUAAAACAAAACCGAAAUUUCCAUAUAAAAUUUUUCAAAAAGAAAUAGAAUGAUAUUAAUAACGAAGAAAUAUUCCCUGAAAAUUUAUGUAUUUAUGGGAGGAUAAAAUAUCAUUAGGUACUUUAUUAUAAUACUGAUAUUUCAAAAUAUUUUUGCUAUAAAACUAGCUUCUUUUUUAUGUAGUCCAAGUGUAAGUGAAAGGGGAAAGGCAGACAAUAUGACUUUCAUUUUAUCUCAAAAGAAACAGCGUUGUAUCAUUAUGUUGUUUACCAAGUAAUUAAAAGCGCUUGCUAACCAAUCUAUUGCUCAAUAACUUUCUUGGGAUCUCGCUACCAUAAUUGCAACUUAUAAAAUUGCUCUUGUCAGAAAUCUGAUUAGUUAUAAACAUCGCAAUUACUAUCAACAAGUCGUUAAAUCCGCAUAUUAUCCGCAUUGACAACUCUAUUGAUUAACUGCCGCAAAAGCCCGAAACUCAAAAAUAGUUCUUCAAACAAAGUUAUAGAAUCAGAGGGAAAAAAAUCACAAGUUCGAAAAUACUUUUUGGUUAAAAUGGCAGACUGCCCGGCUGAGUUUAUAUUCUUUGAUGAUCAUAUUCUUUAUUAUGCUUGCUCUCGUUUCAUAGCAACACCAUUAACAUGGCUGCGAUCCAGCACUGGAUUAACCAGUUCAAGGUCAUGAUGAUUUACUUUGCCAACCAUUCAUUAUAUCUUAUUUGUUGUUGAUAUGUUUACAAUUUACAAUUAUAUUUCUAAGCAGUUUUCUUGAAUAUUAUUCAAGAAUUUAGUUUCUUAAUUUUGGAAAUAUGACGUGUGCAAUUGUGAAGAUGAAUUAGUGUUGCCAAUUUACUGAUCAAUAAUUCAUGUAGGAAAUCACUUCCGGCUUUUAUCGAUCUGUCUAUUGUACACCAAUCGAAAUGGACUACAUAACGAUAGUUUUGCCUGUUCUGUGUAUUAGAAACCACUUCUAGACUCCUGAGAUAUAAGCUAAAAACAAAUCUUUUAAUCCGCUAGGGAAAAAUGAUUUAAUUUAACAAAAAUAUAUUUCGAGCAAAAUAGUUUGCCUCAUAAAGCAUAAGGGUAUCAUAUAAAAACGUUGGUAAAUUUAGCAUAUUAAUUUUAUCUCUUUUAUACAAAACAUUUAAGUGAACACAGCAAAUGCAGUAUACAGUGGUACCUUAGUAUACGUUAUUAAUCCGUUUUAGAUCUUUGGACGCAUAUCAAAUGAACUUCUACAAUAAGUAAAAAA